GAUGGCGGAAGAGGAGAGCCAGUUUGAAGAAUUUGAGCAAAUAGACUUUUUAAGAGAUAGACAUGUACGAUUCUUCCAGAGAACGCUUCAGGUGCUACCUGAGAGAUACGCCUCGCUGGAAACAACCAGGUUAACUAUCAUAUUCUUUGCCCUGUCUGGUCUUGACGUGCUGGACGCUUUGGAUGUGAUUGAUAGAAAUGUACUGAUUGAGUGGAUCUACUCACUACAGGUUCUGCCCACAGAUGAUCAAACCAACCUGAGUCGUUGUGGGUUUCGAGGAUCGUCACAUAUUGGAAUUCCUUACAGCACUAAGGGUCCAGGUGUGCUCCAUCCAUAUGACAGUGGCCAUGUAGCCAUGACCUACACUGGACUGUGCUCGCUGCUAAUACUGGGAGACGACCUGAGCCGGGUUAACAAACAGGCCUGUCUGGCUGGUCUCAGAGCGCUGCAGCUGGAGGAUGGCAGUUUCUACGCUGUGCCAGAAGGAAGUGAAAAUGAUAUACGGUUCAUCUACUGCGCAGCCAGUAUUUGUUACAUGCUGGACGACUGGUCAGGCAUGGACAUCCAAAAGGCCAUAGAGUACAUCAGAGGAAGUUUGUCAUACGACAAUGGGUUUGGCCAGGGAGCUGGGCGAGAGUCACAUGGUGGCUGGACGUACUGCGCCAUAGCCUCUCUGUGUCUGAUGGGUCGACUGGAGGAGGCGCUGAGUCAGCGGGAGCUGGACAGGAUCCGACGCUGGUGUAUCAUGAGGCAGCAGACCGGCUUCCAUGGGCGCCCCAACAAACCUGUAGACACAUGCUACUCCUUUUGGGUGGGAGCUACGCUCGAGCUGUUAGACGUGUUCCAGUAUACGAAUUUUGACAAGAACAGGAGCUUCAUCUUGUCCACGCAGGAUCGGUUGGUGGGGGGAUUCGCCAAGUGGCCGGACAGCCAUCCAGACCCUCUCCAUGCCUACUUAGGGCUGUGUGGUCUGUCUCUGAUCGGAGAACCCAGUCUGAGGAAGGUCCACCCAGCUCUUAACAUCACCCAGAGAGCCUUUCAACACCUCCAGCAGCUGCAGCAGACAUGGAGGGUCAACACUGGCAGCUGCAGCAGACAGCACUGACAGCAUGAUGAUCCACAGCUCUGGCUCUGAACAGGUUCAGUAACAGUAGUCAGUCAAAGGCAACUGGACUUUUGCUGUGUGUCUUGAAGACGUUUGGCCCCUCACUUGAGAGGCCUCAUCAUUUCAGGAAUCAGGAAGGUUUUUUUUGGGCUCCAGUUACACACAAGUAACUUAGCGGAGCUCAUUUUAAGUCCAUUUAAAGUGACUUUUCUGUUAAGCAAUAUAUGCCACACUUCUUUUUUGCUGCCUUUUUAUUCGUAGACUGUAGUAAAUAACAAUGUGCAUUGUGGUUUGUGGGAGUAAAUUAUGUGCCAGAAAGUCAAUUUUUGAGUCUUUGGAGACUUGAACAAAUUCCUCAAUGCCUCAAUUUUACAAACUUUUUCGAUAAUGAUGUUUUGGAAGCUUCCUGCUCCUCAGCCUCAUCAUAGUCAACAACACAAUCUGCUGUAAACCUCCUAGCCAAGGAUGAACACUACUGACUCACUUCACAUGGACGUAAGAGGCAUCCUCAAAGUAAGCGUGAUUCAAAAUCUGAGACGGGGACCCCGAGGAGGGGACGUCUAAACUGUGUCUUGGUUCAGGAGUGACUGGCGGCUUCACUCUUUGAGUUUGCUGGUCUAGUUUUAGGUGAAUCGACUAGCUAUGUGUUUGCUAUCGCCGAAUAAUGUCUCAUAUAUUUAGAAAUAUAACAAAUAAGUUCCUCAUUUUUGUUCACAAACCAGUACGGCCCCUGUGGUGAGUUUGAGGGGAAAUUUGGAAACUGUUGAGACAAAUCCAUAUCUUUCCUUUAGAUUAGCAUCCAUACAUUUUCAGACAACAAAGGGCACUGUCCUCCCUGUACAGAGUUUUUUUUGCCUCUCUCCCCUCCUAACAUCUCCAUCCUUACCUCUUGAAAGCCUUGAGCUCUCCGAUCUCAAAGGUGAUACCAGCCUGGCAGGUGAAUCUCCUUCAGUUUCACCACUGCAGGCUUUGUUCACAGAUUUAAAUGAUAAUCGAACUGCUGGGGUGGAAUUCGUGGAAAUGUCAGCUAAGAGCCAACAACCACCCCAAGGGCCAAAUCUAUGACUUAUCUAUCCCAGACAGAAGAUUUAAAAAAUGAGGUCCACUACAGGCGUCAUCAUUUCAGAUCACAGAAAAUGUAAUUUGGUUUCUAAUUUUUCUUGAGGCUAACAGAAAAAUAGAUUGGGCCUCUUAAGGGAAUGCGGUAAGAGGGGGAACAUCCCUUCUUUCCUGCAAGGUAGAAGCUGUCAGUUUUAUCAGCGCGUCCCCUGACUCGCAAACCCUGAAGUGAUCCGAGCUACCCUCCUUCACCAGCUUCCAUAAUCCCUGCAAGGCACCGGCCAGCCAGAAAUCAAUAGGAAAAGAUGAGACAGUGGUAUCAUAACUUGGGGAAAUGUAUUCUUUUGAGCCUCACUGGGAAUUUGACUUGUUAUUUUCAGAGCAUAAAAGGACGCAGGGCAAAAACAAAGAACAAUGCACGCAAGCAGAAUGCGCCAGCAAGAGUCGGCUUACACAAAAUAACUGCUCUGCAGCGUGCUGGACACUUGCCCUUGAGUCGUAAAAUGUUGACUUCCACUAAGACUUGAGCCAGGUUCGCACCUCUGGACUCUCUGAAGCACGACCCACUGUCUGCACAGGUGCUUGUAGCGACGUUCCAGCCUUCUCGCCUUUUAGCUGAGCUACAAAUUGGAAAUAGUACUAAGAUACAAACAUGGUGACACAUAGGCACUGAGAUUCUCAGCAGAUCUCAGGCUGUUCUUGCCUUCUCAUCACAUGAAUGCUCUAAUUCCCAGCAAGCAACAUUUCCCCCUACAGAAGCCACACCCUUUCAUUAUAAGACUGCUGCCACAGCAGACACCUGCUCCCCGAGACGACGAGUGACCAGCAGACAAUAUCACAGCAGGUCAGAAACACGGUGACACGUUACCUGCAGGAGUCUACUGUGUGUAGCAUCAAUUCUGACUACAUCUAAAAAUAAUACGGCCUCUGUGGUUUCCCUUCCACCACCUAAAAUGAAGCUGUUCUUGGCCUCGUCUUCCUUCCCGCCAGGUUGCCCCCGUUUUCUGACGUAGAAAACAGAGCAGGCAGACAGAGGGAAGGAGAGAAGAGGGGCGGAGAGGUGAAUAAAUAAAUAAUCUGACCCAUCCAUUAUUAAACGUAAACUGUCAGAGGCUGGAAUCUCCUCUCUGAACCCCAACCAAACCCUCAGUGUUAUACAGCCUUGUUUUGGUGCAAAAAAAAAUUCUUUUUGGCCAACUGCAUCACUUAUAUACAUGUUUUAUGUUACCAUUUUGCCUAAGACAAUAGGCUUUGCUACACUUACUGAUCUUGCCGAUUUCUGCCAUUUUUUAUUUUUUUUUAUAAUUUCACCUUUGGAAAAGUUCAGAUAUGACUUAAUUGCAGCUGCUGAAUGGAGCCUCAGACACACAAAUCAUGUGAAAUUACAUCUCAACAGAAUUAGCUUUUGAAGUAGUCAACAUGUAGUAUUUCUGGUAUCUGUCGUUUUUGCUACUUAGUUAUGAAAUGUUCUAAAUCUGAAGUAAAUCUUGAGUCGCCCUGAGUGAAAAAUGCACAGAAAGAAAGACCACGUCCUCCACGCAUCCUCUGAAGAGACUUUUACUGCUUACACAACUCCCAGCGGCCGGGUCCUGUCCUUAGCCUAUGUAGGCUGAGUCAUAUAGCAAGACCAGGCGUUCAAACUUGAUGCUGAAAUGUGCCUCACCUAGCAUUGCUCUGGGUCACUGCUCUCUGAAUGCUCCUGAAAUGUACAGCGUUGGGCUUAGCUUGGCUGUUUCUAUCAAGAAAGGCACUGAGCAGAAGUGUUCUCCGGAGCGGGGGGAGGAAAGGUGUAUGCUCUUUGUAAACAUUCAGGAAGUGUAACACCUACUCUGUAAACAGUUUUUCCUCCUCCUGUCUUUGUAGAGUUCACUUAUCCAAUCAGACAUCAGCUUGACUGGUAGAAGUCAUUUUUACCAGAAUCUGGCUUUGUCCCAUCCUGCGAUCAUAUAUUUCCAGACGGAGGGAAGAGUUUAUGGAGACAGAACUCGUAAAUGCUUACUCGACUUUAAACGGGAUGAAAGAUUGGAUGGAUGGAUCUGCCACUUACUGCAGAUGAAGGCUGCAUCUCUGCAGUCGUUAUAUCGCAUCUCCCUUUUUUUCGCUACGUCACGCUGUCGAAGCUCUCGGUCCCACAGCAUGAAAACGGGGGACCAUGGAUUUGCGCUUUUAACAUGGCUGCAGCGAAAGCUGUGUUGGUUCCAGUGAUGUUAAAAGGACUGUGAAAGUCUUAAUGAGAUGCAGCCAAAAUGCCACAAAUGGUCGCAAACCUUUGCUCUAUCAUCAACUAAUACUGUAUACAUAAUGUAAUAAUAAAUAAUGUAACAAUAAAUGUAAUGGAAUUUAUUUUUUCUAUGCUUUGUAGAAAUAUUGAGUGUAGAUAAAUAUGUAAAUGUCUAUAAAUAUGUGACUUCUAUUGUGCAAGUGCUCAAGAUGAAAAAUGUUUACAGCUACAUCAGAGAGACAGUGAGGCGAAUUGGAUAUGCAAAUGUUGCUAUGUGAUGUAUUAUAGUACUUGAGCUUUGAAGUUGAGGGCAGUCAUGUUGAUUCUAGCUUGGCGGUGCAUACUGUAUUUAUGGUGAAUAAAAACACGUACUA